AUGCCUGAUCCGGCGAAAUCGCGGAAAGACCUCACGCGAUGGAAGAAGAAGCAGCAGCCCGUGCACCGCACGGUCAGCCAGAUCUGCCCGCCGCCCCGACGGCCGCUGACGGUGGUCGACAUCCGCACGGGCAUGGAGAACGAAAGGCUGGGGGUCGUGCGUGACUCCAUGUUUCAGAACCCGCUCAUUGUCAAGGCAGAGCUUGGCAAGCCCAGGGAAAGAAGCUGCAGCCUGCCUGGCGUCAACUUUAAUUAUGGACUCUACAUCCGAGGGCUGGAUGGAGGGGUCCCCGAAGCCAUUGGGCACUGGAAUGUGUUUAAGCAGCAACCUACCUGCCCCCAUGAGCUGACCCGAAACUAUAUUGCCAUGAACCGAGGGGCUGUCAAAGCUGGCCUGGUGACUGCCCGAGAAAACAUGCUCUAUCGUGAACUGAAUGACAUCCGAAUCAAUGACCAGGAAGACCGGCGACAGAAGGAGCCACCUCCCAUCCCUCCCAAUAUGACCUUUGGGAUCCGUUCACGGCCAUCAACACCCUUCUUUGACCUGUUACAACAUCGGUACCAGCAGCUGUGGGUACAGGAACAGAAGGCCACUCAGCAAGCCAUCAAAAUGGAGAAGAAACAGAAGGUGAUCCUGGGGAAGCUGUAUGAGACGAGGAGCAGUCAGCUGAGGAAGUACAAGCCUCCCGUGAAGCUGGAUGCUCUCUGGCACAUGCCUCACUUCAAGGAGGUGGCUCCCCACCUUGCUACCUUCCCUACUGAGGCUGAUCGCCAGAGAGCCCUCAAAGCCCACAAGGAAGAGUAUGCUGUGCGCCAGGGCACCCUGCGGAUGGGCAACUACACCCACCCCUAG